AUGAAUCGCACAGAUGGCUGCCUUCAUUGCAUUUCGUGCGCCAUAUGGCUCGGAUUUGCGAAGAUUUCGCCGAUAUGGGCCUCAGAGCUGCUCGUGGCGGCCGCAAUCGACCCUCAUCAACGAUGGAGGGCGCUACAUGCACCUCCACCGCCAGCCCCGCGCCGCAACUUCAAUCUGCUGCUCGAGCUUGCCUCUCAACAACCGCACACCAGCCCACUUCGCUCGACACCGCGGCCGGCUCGCUCCGGAACGCCGCUGCCUCCCCUUUCUGGCGGGGGGCGUCCCGUAGCGCGCGCACCGCGACCGCCUCCCCGCAACGCAUCGCUCUUCCGGGGCAAGUUUUCGCGGUGCUCGAAUGUGUGUCGCUGUUUCCACUUUAUGCGGUUUCAAGACGGCCCGCACGACCUCAGAGAGCAUGCGCCGUCCCCCGCCGCCGUCUGCGCAGGUGCCGAGUCCGGCAAGGGCUCGGGCAUGUCCAAGGGCGUCGUCGACACGCUCGUCCUCGGCGGCCUCAUCGGGAUGUGGUACUUCUUCAACAUCUUCUUCAACAUUUGGAACAAGCAGGUGUUCAAGGUGUACCAAUUCCCAAUGACGAUUACUACUCUUCAGUUCCUGAUUGGCAGCGUGCUGGCGUGCACGAUGUGGCUCCUGCGCCUGCACCCUACCCCGAAGAUCAAGUCCUGGAAGGUCCUCCUCCCCAUCGUCCCGCUGGCGUGCGUCCACACCAUCGGCAACCUCCUGACCAACAUGUCGCUGGGCCUCGUCGCGGUGUCCUUCACGCACACCAUCAAGGCGAUGGAGCCCUUCUUCUCCGUCUUGCUCUCGGCGAUCUUCCUCGGGGACAUCCCGUCGCUGCCCGUGCUGGCGACGCUGUUCCCGAUCAUCGGCGGCGUGGCGCUGGCGUCGGCGUCGGAGGCGACGUUCAACUGGCCGGGCUUCAUCUCCGCCAUGGGCUCCAGCCUGACGAUGCAGUCCCGGAACGUGUUCUCGAAGAAGUUCCUCCGCGAGAAGGCCUUCGACAGCAUCAACAUGUUCUCCAUCAUCACCAUCAUGUCGCUGUGCAUCCUCGUCGUCCCGGCCAUCGCCAUGGAGGGUUUCACGUUCACGACGGCCAACAUGACCGCCAUGGGCAUCACCGACCCCGCCGCGGUCAUGAAGCGCGCGGCGCUCGCCGGCCUGGCCUUCCACUCGUACCAGCAGGUGUCGUACAUGAUCCUGCAGCGGGUGUCGCCGGUGACGCACUCGAUCUCGAACUGCGUGAAGCGCGUGGUGGUGAUCGUGGCGUCGGUCAUCUUCUUCCAGAACCCGGUGAGCCAGCAGAACGCGAUAGGGACGGCGGUGGCGCUGUUCGGGGUGUUUUUGUACUCCCAGGUGCUGCCGGUGAUCCCCGGCGGCGGGUCGUUCAAGGACAUCAUCACCAAGGGCGACGGCGACGACGUGUACUGA